CCAGGCUCUGAGCCACUAGUGUAGCACUGAGCCUGACUCCACAACCAGCUUCCCAGCUGCGGGAGUGUGGCGCGCUGUGAGUUGGGGGAAAGUGGGAACCCAAAGCCUUGCAGCGUCAACUCCAAGCCCUGUCUCCCCGGUGAUGAAACUUUGCUAAGGCACCUCCACAGCCUGAGUUUGCGGGAAAGGCUGGGGUGAGCAGGGAGUCCGGUCACCGCCAGCUGGGAGCCAGUUGGGAGCGAGCUGGGAGGCCGCAGGGAGCGCCUGCCUGGGGCUCGGGACAGGGCUACCAUGGCGCGCCUCUUCAGCCCCCGGCCACCCCCCAGCGAAGAAGACCUCUUCUAUGAGACCUACUACAGCCUGAGCCAGCAGUACCCGCUGCUACUACUGCUGCUGCUGAUCGUCCUCUGCACGCUAGUGGCGCUGCUCCUCGUCGCCUGGGCCAGCGGCAGGGAGCUGACCUCAGACCUGAGCUUCCUGACCACAGUGCUAUGCGCUUUGGGUGGCUUCUCCCUGCUGCUGGGCCUAGCUUCCCGGGAGCAGCGACUCCAGCGCUGGACUCGACCCCUGUCAGGCCUUGUGUGGGCUGCGCUGCUGGCUCUAGGACACGGCUUCCUAUUCACUGGAGGCAUAGUGAGCGCCUGGGACCAGGUGUCCUUUUUCCUCUUCAUUAUCUUCACGGUGUAUGCCAUGCUGCCCUUGGGCAUGAGGGAUGCUGCUGCUGCAGGUCUCACCUCUUCUCUCUUGCACCUGCUGGUCGUGGGGCUGUACCUUGGGCGGCAGCAGGACUCCCAGCCUUCACUGCUGCCACAGCUGGCAGCAAACGCAGUGUUCUUCCUGUGUGGCAAUGUGGUGGGAGCAUACCACAAGGCACUGAUGGAGAGAGCAUUGCGUGCCACAUUCCGGGAGGCACUCAGUUCCCUGUAUUCUCGCCAGAGGUUGGACACGGAGAAAAAACAUCAGGAACACCUUCUCUUAUCCAUCCUACCUGCCUACUUGGCCCGAGAGAUGAAGGCAGAGAUCAUGGCACGGCUGCAGGCUGUACAGGGGUCACGACCAGAAAGCACGAACAAUUUCCACAGCCUCUAUGUCAAGAGGCACCAGGGAGUCAGUGUACUGUAUGCUGACAUCGUGGGCUUCACGCGGCUGGCCAGCGAGUGCUCCCCUAAGGAACUGGUGCUCAUGCUCAACGAACUCUUUGGCAAAUUCGACCAGAUUGCCAAGGAACAUGAAUGCAUGCGGAUCAAGAUCCUAGGGGACUGUUACUACUGUGUCUCUGGGCUGCCCCACUCGCUGCCAGACCAUGCCAUCAACUGCGUGCGCAUGGGACUGGACAUGUGUCGGGCCAUCAGGAAGCUGCGGGCAGCCACUGGUGUGGACAUCAACAUGCGUGUAGGUGUGCACUCAGGCAGUGUGCUCUGCGGAGUCAUCGGGCUGCAGAAGUGGCAGUACGAUGUCUGGUCCCAUGACGUCACGCUGGCCAACCACAUGGAAGCUGGUGGUGUACCAGGACGAGUGCACAUCACAGGGGCUACCCUGGCCCUGCUGGCAGGGGCUUAUGCUGUGGAGGAUGCAGCUGUGGAAUCCCGGGACCCAUACCUUAGGGAGCUAGGAGAGCCUACAUACCUGGUCAUUGAUCCUCGGGCUGAGGAGGAGGAUGAGAAGGGAACUGCAGGAGGCUUACUGUCCUCUCUGGAGGGCCACAAGAUGCGCCCAUCACUACUGAUGACCCGCUACCUGGAGUCCUGGGGUGCGGCCAAGCCUUUCGCCCACCUGAGCCACGUAGACAGUCCUGUGUCCACCUCUACCCCUCUCCCGGAGAAGGGCCUGGCUUCUUUCAGCCCCCAGUGGAGCCUGGACCGGAGCCGGACCCUCCGGGGACUAGAUGAUGAGCUGGACACUGGAGAUGCCAAAUUCUUCCAGGUCAUCGAACAGCUCAACUCACAGAAACAGUGGAAACAGUCAAAGGACUUCAACCUGCUGACACUGUACUUCCGAGAUAAGGAGAUGGAGAAACAGUACCGGCUAUCUGCCCUUCCUGCUUUCAAAUACUAUGUAGCCUGCACCUUCCUGGUUUUCCUGUCCAACUUCAUCAUCCAAAUGCUGGUGACAAACAGGCCCCCAGCUCUGGCCAUCACUUACAGCAUCACCUUCCUCCUCUUCCUUCUCCUCCUCUUCAUCUGCUUCUCAGAGUACUUGACGAGGUGUGUCCAGAAAGGUCCCAAGAUGCUGCAUUGGCUACCUGCACUGUCUAACCUGGUAGCCACACGGCCUGGACUGCGAGUAGCCCUGGGCACUGCCACCAUCCUGCUGGUCUUUACCAUGGCCAUCACUAGCCUGUUCUUCUUACCAGCAUCAUCAGACUGCCCUUUUCAGGGCCUCAAUGUAUCCUCCAUGGCUUUCAACCUCUCCUGGGAACUGCCCGGUUCCCUGCCUCUCAUCAGCGUCCCAUACUCCAUGCACUGCUGUGUGCUGGGUUUCCUCUCCUGCUCCCUCUUUCUGCACAUGAGCUUUGAACUGAAGCUGCUGCUGCUCCUGCUGUGGCUGGCAGCCUCCUGCUCCCUCUUCCUGCACUCCCACGCCUGGCUGUCUGACUGCCUCAUCGCUCGUCUUUAUCUAGGCCACAUGGACUCCAGACCUGGAGUGCUGAAGGAACCCAAACUGAUGGGAGCUAUUUCCUUCUUCAUCUUCUUCUUCACCCUCCUUGUCCUGGCUCGGCAGAAUGAAUAUUACUGCCGCCUGGACUUCCUGUGGAAGAAAAAGCUGAGGAAGGAGCAGGAAGAGACAGAGACAAUGGAGAACCUGACCCGGCUGCUCUUGGAGAAUGUGCUCCCUGCACACGUGGCCCCCCAGUUCAUUGGUCAGAACCGGCGCAAUGAGGACCUCUACCACCAGUCCUAUGAGUGUGUUUGUGUGCUCUUCGCCUCAGUCCCGGACUUCAAGGAGUUUUACUCGGAAUCCAACAUCAACCACGAGGGGCUAGAGUGUCUGCGGCUACUCAAUGAAAUAAUUGCUGAUUUUGAUGAGCUGCUCUCCAAGCCCAAGUUCAGUGGGGUGGAGAAGAUCAAAACCAUUGGCAGCACCUACAUGGCAGCCACAGGCUUAAAUGCCACCUCUGGACAAGAGGCCCAACAGGAUGCUGAGCGAAGCUGCAGCCACCUUGGCACCAUGGUGGAAUUUGCAGUGGCCCUGGGGUCCAAGCUGGACGUCAUCAACAAGCAUUCAUUCAACAACUUCCGCCUGCGUGUGGGACUGAACCAUGGACCAGUAGUAGCAGGAGUGAUUGGGGCUCAGAAGCCACAAUAUGACAUCUGGGGCAACACAGUGAAUGUGGCCAGCCGCAUGGAGACUACAGGAGUCCUUGGCAAAAUCCAAGUGACUGAGGAAACAGCCCAGGCUCUGCAAUCCCUGGGCUAUACAUGCUACAGCAGGGGUGUUAUCAAGGUCAAAGGCAAAGGGCAGCUCUGCACCUACUUCCUAAACACAGACUUGACACGAUCUGGACCCCCUUCAGCCACCUGGGCUGAGACCUCUCAUCCCUUCUAAGAUCCUCAAUAAAAAGACUCUGGAGGGCUGG